CGCGGCUCGCGCCUGCGGAACUGCGGAUCCGCGGUGCGAGAGGGCUUGGGGCUGUUUCCUUUGAAUGACCGGGAAGGGUGAGGCCCCCGCGGUGGCCCGGGGGUUGGGGCCGAGGGUCGCGGGCCCUCAGAGCACUGCGACCGGCAGAUACGCAGCCCCUGACUCCAGAUUCGGGUCUCAGAGGGUGGCAGGUCCCGCGUUCCUGGGAAGCCGGGCUUCCAAGUGGUCCUGGAUGGAGGGUACCAGCCCCGAUAUGAGGCCUCUAACCAGGUGGUCCCGGCCCCAGUGAGCGCCGUCCGGCUUCCCGCAUCCCCCUGUCGAUUCUCGAGGUUCAUCUCCCAAACGUCUGAUUCUGUGGCGCCUUCUCGUGCCCCGCCCCCUUCCCCAUCCCCCCGCCCCAGCUCGCACGAAACGUCAUUUUAUUUAUUUACCUGUAAGACCCCCGCACUAAGCCUGGGCCCCUCGGGGCAGAGGCCAGGUGGAUCCAAAUCGCCCGGACUCACAGGAUGCCGCCCGGGGCCAGGGUGGCUCCCGGGAAAGGCGGAAAGGCCCACCCGGGAGGGGCUCGUGGCGCUGGGGCUGAGGGGCGGCAACUGGCGUGGAGCGCCGCUGGGCCCCGGAGACCCGGGAGCCGGGGGAGGCGGAGCUCCGCCCCGCCGGCACUGCGGGCUUCCCUCGCCGCAGCUGCCAGCUCCGCCCAAGCCCGACACCUGGGUGGGAUUCGGAGGCUGGGCCCCUCGCCUUUCCCAGAAUACAGGCUUGCAGAGCGUCUGCAGGUGGUGGUUGCCCAACCACCUGCAACGGAAUAAUUCGGAACACUUGUUGAGAGUCCGGAUUCCCUGAUCCAGAUCGGAAGCGGGGGCUGGGGAUAAAGGGACUGGGAGUCUGAAUUUCAACGACGUAUCUUGGAGGAUGUCGUGUAUACUAGAUUUGGGGGCCAGGAGGUAAAGCAGAAGAGUGUUGAUUUCAAGUCAGCAUGUCCGCUUCAAUGAAGGAAUGCCUUCAACUUCAGCUGCUGGAGAUGGAAAUGCUGUUUUCUAUGUUUCCUAACCAAGGAGAAGUAAAACUUGAAGAUGUCAAUGCCCUGACGAAUAUAAAGAGAUAUUUGGAAGGCACAAGGGAGGCACUGCCACCAAAAAUCGAAUUUGUGAUUACGCUCCAGAUCGAGGAGCCCAAGGUGAAAAUUGACUUGCAAGUAACCAUGCCUCACAGCUACCCCUAUGCAGCACUGCAGCUGUUCGGACGGUCAUCCGAACUUGACAGACAACAGCAGCUCCUUCUCAACAAAGGUCUCACUUCUUACGUAGGGACUUUUGACCCAGGUGAGCUCUGUGUGUGUGCGGCCAUCCAGUGGUUGCAAGACAACAGUGCCUCCUACUUCCUGAACAGGAAGCUCAUGUACGAACCGUCUACACAAGCAAAGCCGGUCAAGAACACAUUCCUGCGAAUGUGGAUCUACAGCCACCAUAUAUAUCAGCAGGACCUACGGAAAAAGAUUCUGGAUGUCGGGAAAAGGUUAGACGUGACAGGAUUUUGCAUGACGGGAAAGCCGGGGAUAAUCUGUGUGGAAGGCUUCAAAGAGCACUGUGAGGAAUUCUGGCACACAAUUAGGUAUCCCAACUGGAAACACAUUUCCUGUAAGCAUGCCGAGAGUAUCGAAACAGAAGGAAAUGGGGAGGACCUGCGCCUUUUCCAUUCUUUUGAAGAAUUACUUCUUGAGGCCCAUGGUGACUAUGGCUUAAGGAAUGACUAUCACAUGAAUCUGGGCCAGUUCUUAGAAUUUCUCAAAAAACACAAAAGUGAGCAUGUUUUCCAGAUAUUAUUUGGUAUCGAAAGCAAAAGUUCUGACUCCUAGGAAGCUAUUAAGAGACCUAUGCUUGUAAUCUCGCUAAGUUAGUAUUUCUGUUAAUAAGACCAAAAUAAAAGGACCAGUUAAGCAUCAUCCGUGGGGAACGUAGCUCCAGCAUUUUUCCCUGGAAAUGAAACACAGAAGGCUUUUAACUUUAUAACAGUGCAAUUGUGAUGUUACCUCUAUGUUCUUGUGUUAAUUGAAAGCUAUUUAAUGGUAAAUUAAUAAAAACCUGUCAGUUAAA